CAAUGGCAGACCACGAGAAUAAAGACAGAAAAGAACGUAGAGAACGGAAAGAGCGAAAAGAAACGGAUGGCCCGAAACCAAAACGAUACAAUCUCACACCCGCAGAGCUUCAGCAGCAACAAUUAGAGAAAUUGUUUAAGAAGAUCGACAAACCAGUCUUCAUCCCAGAACCAUCAAGAGAAAAGUCAUCCAAAGAACCAAAGGAGUUUGUGCGGAACGUUCCAGGUUCAAGUGCGGGUGCUGGCAGUGGAGAUUUCCAUGUGUACAGAGCUCAUCGUCGUCGUGAAUAUGCGCGCCUCAAAGAGAUGGACGAAAGAGAUGAAAAAGAUAAAGAAGAAUAUGAAUACGAAAUGAAAAUUGCACAGCUUAAGGCUGAAGACGAUGAACGAACGGCCAAGAAGCGAGCAAAGAGACAGAAGAGAAAGCAACCUAUAGCCAAGAAGCAGAAAGUAGAAUCAGAGCCGACAAAGACACCAAAGGCACCUAAGGCUGUCAAGUUCUCUUCCGUAACUGCAAAUACAACCACCACAACCACAAUUGCUUCCACUUCCACACAAAACACUACUACCAGCACCAGCACCAACACCAACACCAACACUACCAUAAGCCAAUUAAAUGCAAAUGUCACUAAUACUGAGGAUAAGCAAGAGUCAACAAAAUCAACGGAUGAAGAGGUUGCAGAGCCAAUCGUAGAGUCAUCAACUACCAAGACUGCUGAUAGUGUAGAGCCCAUCGAACAAGAAGAUAAUGUGGAAGGAAAGAUUGAGAUCGAUUCUGAUUCAGAAGCCGAGGAUUGAAAAACGAGAUAAUAAAGACAUUGAUAUGAUAUUCAAAGAACAUUGAGUUUUAUAUGUAUACG